UUGUCACUGGUAAAAUAAUCGUCUCUAUCUGUCUCUAUUGAUACCUAUACAGACAAUAUUCAAGACAAGUUUUAUUUCUGUUUUUAUACUAGAUUUUAUUCGCAGCAUUCAUGUAGCUGAAACGCUUAUAUUCUUGUGCUUAUUAUACAUAAUUUAAAAAAUACAUCAACAUGGUUAAAAUAAAGUGAAUAUGACUUCCUUCAUGUCGGAUGUUGAGUGUUGACAAUAGCCAGAGUUACGAAGUUACCUUGUACGUUUAAUCUUAGUUUGAACAUUAUGGCACAGUGUUGUUGAUAAUAAAAUGACCGAGAAGGGCUUCGAAGGCGAUCAAGUGUCGCCGUCUUGGGAUAUCGCUGGUCCAUCAUCUCUGGCAGCCAUCCUGGAUACUGUGUUUACAUCUGCAACUUCUGACAACCAUCAGAGAAAUGAACAAAUGGAGUGUGAUGCUCUGUUUGCAGAAAGUGAUGAUGAAGUAGAAGUGCUACCCACAACAACUGAACCAGCUGCUGUAGUCCCCACGGCAACCGAAACAACUACCACUGAACAAACGCCAAAACCUGUGUCAUCAAAUUAUGUUAACUCAACAACACCCAACCAACCGUAUGAAGUGAACCUGUCAUCUUCACACCCAGCUGACUCACACACUCCAGUCCCUGAAGAGUAUCAACCCUUACCAGACAGCUCUAGUUCACUGGAUUACUCUUUUGCCACCAACAACCCUGACAGUACCGACGGUAAUGGCCAGAGGAGACUCCCAGACAUAAACAUCCGUUAUCAGCCGAAACCACAGUCACUGAACCAACACGGAUAUUUCUAUCCAAACUACGCACAUUAUCCUAGCUUACAACCGCCUAGAGAAUACGGGCCGCCUUUUAAUAAUGUUAUUGUUCUGAAUGACAACAGAAGCUUCCCGAUAACUCAUCCAUUGCCGUAUGCAAUGUCUAACGGCAUGCAAAUGUCUGACAAUCAUCCAGAGUACGAAUAUUUACACCCCCGGUCAAAUGUUUACAACCAAGGCCCCACUGCAGCAGAUAAUGCUAAUCAGCGAGACCUAGAACGGCCCAGUCGCAAACUCAACAUUUCUCCUCGGAGGCGACAUUCAAAAGAAAAUGAGGUUCCAAAUCUAAUAGAGGUCAGUUCAGAAGAAGAAGAUAAUGUCGCCUCGCCCAGAAAAAAGCAAUGUGACAGUGGUGCCGGGUAUCAGCCUACAAAUGGGAAUGCGAGCGGUUCAGGUAAUGGAACAAGUGGGCCGCCUGCGGUUGAAGUCAAAGAAGAGCCAGGCAGUCAACCUUCUAGACCUGGUGUAUCAUAUGGUAAUAAUCUACAUUUGCCAACUGUAGACAACCGUACAACAACAGUGCAAGUUAAUACUGCAACUGUAAAAAAGCAAAUAAAAAAAGAAAAGCGUGAAAAUGAAGUUGAGUGUGAAUGCGGUCCGAGCUUGGAAGAGACGGAGCCCUGCCCUGCUGAAACGACAGCAGAGGGCUACAGACCAUGUCAGAGCCAACAAACCCGAUGUCCCGGGAACAGGACCAUUGACCAGUCUACUAGUAACUCAAUCACUUGUGGCGAGCCUCCAAGUUGUAGGGUAAAUGUGAAACGAGAGCCUUGCUAUAUAAAACAAGAAUAUUCCCCUAAUCAGGACGAAAAUUUGUCAUUGGUAAGCACUAUUAAAACAGAAACAGUAGAACCUUGUCAAGUAAAAAUAGAGCCUGGUACAACUGCAAGUGUUAAUGAAAAUGUUGAAGUAAAAACUGAGCCUGACAAUGCAAGAAGAUGUUGUAAAGUAGACGGUGCUGGCGAUCGCAGACCUAAGGAGAGUUCUCCUCAGCCGGGGACUAGUUCGGGGAGGCAGGCAACUGAUAACAGAACCAAUACUCAGGACUCGCGCGGGAAUGACUCAGUGCAGCCUGGUAACGUGCUGGCGGCACCGGACUUGCAACUGGACUGGGUGUCCGACACCAGCUCCGAUGAUGGCGUGAUGCUCGUAGGAGACGACAACAACUCACAGCAGGAGGUGAUUGACCUGACGGGGUCUCCGGGGCGGGUGCCGGGGUGCCCGCAGCCGGGCGACCCCCAGGGCAACGUGUGGACCGGGUCCAGGACCAUGCUGGGCAUGCCGCGUAGAUGCAGCUACCCGCCACAUCUCGCCCACAGCGACAUACCGCCGCACGCGCAUAUUAUGCGAACCAGGGUCCGCGUGGGCCCGUGCACGGGGUGCCGGCGCUGCUGCUGCGGGCACGCGGGCUGCGCGUGCUGCGGCGUGGCGCCCCAGCAGCCGCACCCGCCGCCGCACGCGCAUCCGCCCCAUCACCAUCACCACGCGCCGCCCGCACACAUGGGUGAACGUCAGCGGCGAGACGUGAUGUCGGCGGUAGCGCCGCCCUAUCUAGUGCACGAGCGACUCUGGCAACGGCAACACCACAUGAUGGAGCUGCAACGGCGCACCAUGAUGGGCGAAAGCUUUCCGCCCAGCUUCGUGCAGUACCCGCCCGCGCCGCCCCCGCCCACCACUGUGCUCGCUUUCCCUGAUGAAUUGGAGCAACGUGACAUCGCAGCACCCCCGCCACCGCCGCCUAUGAUGCUGCGGCGUCGAGCGGCGGGCCGGGUGAUGGCCGCCCUUCGCGGCCCGAGUUCCGUCGCAACGAGUGACAGGCAACAUAUACACCACCAUAUGCAUCACUACAUGCAGAUGCAUCCCUCGCCGCCGCAUCUCCACAUAUCUAUACAGCCGUCGUUCAUGCAGGGCACGGGCGCCAUGGCGGCGGCCAUGGUGUACGCGGCGGAGACGGAGGCGGGGCGCGGCUGGCGCGGGCGCGGGGCGUCGCGCGCCGUCAUCGAGAGCAACACCUACCGCCACGCCUACCGCCCCGCGCCGCUGCACCAGGACGAGAAGUGCACUAUAUGCCUCUCGCUAUUCGAGGUCGAUUCUGACUGCAGGCGGUUACCAUGCAUGCAUCUAUUCCACAUGGAGUGCGUCGACCAGUGGCUGAGCACUAACAAGCACUGCCCCAUCUGUCGCGUCGACAUCGAAACGCAUCUCAACAAGGAUGCUACAUUUUAAACGCCCACCUCCUGGGGCGCGCUGAGGAUGGCCUGCUGCUGCAGCUCGAGGCUCUCUUGCUGCAACUCGUGUGUCAGCUGCUUCUGUGCGUUGCACGUCCUGCAACACACACACUACUGCCACUAUAUGUAUAUACACACAAUAUCAAUUAACUAUAAGAAUAUUUUUGUUUAUAAAAUUUUGUUACUUUAUAUCAUUAUUACAAUGUUAGAGGUCAAAGAAGUGACUAUUGUUGUUUUACAUAUUAAUGCGCAUAUUUAAUAUUAAUCUGUAUUAAAUUUAAUUUAAACAAAGCAAUCUGUUAAUUUUGAGCACUCCUAACUAAAAAAAAUAUAUGUAAAAAAUGAAAACAUUGUAAAAUAUUUCUCAUAAAAACAUAACAUGCUUUAAUAAACUCAUUUUUUUUGUAUAA